AGAAGGCUGCCUCUCCUCUAGCUCCUUCGGCAACUUUUCAGCUACCUUGAACUUCUCGGAAGAGCCGCCGCCGCGAGCGGCCAUCGUCAUGCGCUUUCCCCAACCGGCUCGGCGCUGUACACCGUCCUCCUCGGAAGAGCCAACCAGACAAAGGGAGAGUUGGUAGAAGAUUUGGAGGAACUCUCCUUUCCUGCAAUACCAGGCUCUGCAAUGGCUCCAAGGAAGCUUUUUGUGAACGUUGCCCUCUGCUUAGCAUUCUUCCUGGCUUGUGAUGGGAAUUUGGAGAAAGGCAAUGGAUCCCUUUUACACUUUACCUAUCCUCUUUAUAACACUUCAAUCUAUGAAAACUCAGCACCCAAAACUUACAUGGAGAGCUAUGUCAAAAUGGGCAUAUACAUCACAGACCCAGAAUGGGAUAUCAAAUAUAAAAUAGUUUCUGGGGACACUAGUGGUCUCUUUAAAGCUGAGGAAUAUAUUGUUGGAGAUUUCUGUUUUUUGAGAAUUAGAACCAGGAGUGGUAACACUGACCGGUUGAACAGGGAGUUCAAAGACAAGUAUCUUUUAAUAAUCCAUGCCACAGAGAAAACAUUUGCCUACGAGACAUGGACCAAGGUACUGGUCCAAAUUCUUGACAGAAAUGACCUAAAGCCUCUAUUCUCACCUCCUUCUUAUAAAGUGACAGUUGAGGAAGACACAGCUCCAAAAACCACGAUUGGUUCGAUCAGUGCCACAGAUGCUGAUAUUGGCCAGAAUGCAGAAUUCUAUUAUGUACUAAGUACAAGGUCACAAUUGUUUACCAUUCAUCCCACCAGUGGAAUAAUCAUGAGUGCUGUGAGACUGAAUGCUACCCACAGAGGGAAACACCAGUUAAAGGCCUUGGCUGUGGACAGAAUGAGGAAGAUCUCUGAAGGAAAUGGUUUUGGAAACAUGGCCAGUCUUACUAUCCUGGUGGAACCAUCUACCAGGAAACCACCUGUUAUUGCUUCAGUGAAGCCAGUUGAUUCUGCUGAAGAGCUCUUUUAUGCUACUUUAAGUGUAAAAACUGAUGGCUCGGGAUCUGGGGUAGAUUCUGUUGAUAUUGUGGAUGGAGACCCAAGAGGGCAUUUCCGAGCCAUAAGAUCAUACAUGGGAAGUGAUGACUUCAUGAUAGUGUCAGACAAAGAGAUCAAUUGGAGCAACAGUCCAGUUGGUUUCAAUCUCAGCUUGCAGGCUAAAGACAAGAACAAGCCACCUCUUUUUUCCCAGACUGUAUUUGUUCAAAUACAACCUUCUAAAUAUACCUUUGCCAAAUUUGAAAAAGAUAUUUAUCAAGCCCAACUCAAUGAAUUUGCGCCCCCUGGAAGUCAUGUUGCCAUGGUUCAAAUUACUCCAGUUCUCCAAAAUGUAAAAUAUAUGCUGAAACUAAGUUCUGAUAGCAUUAACUUUAACAUCAACCCACAAACUGGUCUCAUAACUACAGCAAAACAAAUAGAUUUCCAUGAACAGUCUCAUUUUGAAUUUGAAGUUACAGCCAGUUAUAGACACCUUUCUACCACUGUUAUUGUUGACGUUGUUGAUUGCAAUAAUCAUGCUCCUAGCUUCACCCAGUCUUCAUACCUCAGUACUUUCAAUGAAAAUCUGCCUCCUGGCUCAAGUGUCCUCUCAGUAAAGGCUACAGAUAAUGAUAGUGGGGAGAACAGCUUCAUUACAUACAACAUAGCCAAUCAGAGAACUGUUCCAUUUGUCAUUGACCCAUUUACAGGUGUCAUAUCUACUACUAAAUUAAUGGAUUAUGAGUUAAUGCAGAGGUGGUAUUAUUUGCGUAUCUGGGCAUCAGAUUCAGGAUCUCCUUUUCGUCAUCAGACUGAAGUUUAUGUUUCCCUCAUUCUGAAUAACCUAAAUGAUAAUGUGCCAGUAUUUGAGAAGAUUAACUGCAAUGGAAGCAUUCCAUGGGAUUUACCUAUUGGGCAUUCUGUGUUCACAGUUUCAGCCAUUGAUCGGGAUGAACUAAACCCCAUAAAAUAUGAAAUCAAGUCUGGCAAUGAAGGACAGUUUUUUGAAUUGAAUCCUGUGUCUGGUGUUAUUUCCCUUAGAGCACAUUUCAAGGAUCUCCACUACCAGUCACUCCUACCAAUCUCCUACACUCUCAAAAUAAGCGCUACUGAUGGAAAUAAUACUGCGUCCCCAGCAUGUAUAAAUAUUACUGUGGUAAACCAAGAAACCUCUCUCUCUUUUCAAUGUGAGGAAACGGGGGUGCUCAAGGAACUGGCUAGCACCAUAAUCCAUCUUGCUGACUCGCCAUCUCCAGACCACCAGGAAGAAGCUUCCUCCUUGAAUACAUAUCUUAUAAACCAUCAUGCACCACAGUUUGAUGACACCUUUCCACGGUCUAUUGAUAUACCAGAGACAACCCCAGUUAACUCUACCAUUGCUCAGUUGACAGCAAUAGACAGUGAUGCUGGCUUUAAUGGAAAGAUGGUCUAUGUCAUCUCUUCAGGAAAUGAGGAGAGCUGUUUUGAUAUUGACACAGAAACAGGUCUGUUGCUGGUACUUUCUCCUUUGGACCAUGAAAGAACAAGUUUCUAUGUGCUUAACAUCACCGUAUAUGAUCUCGGCAGUCCUCAGAAGUCAACAUGGAAAUUAUUAGCUGUGAAUGUUCUGGAUGAAAAUGAUAAUGCACCUACAUUUUUGCAAAGCAGAUAUUUAAUAACUAUACCAGAGGACGUAAAAAUGGGUACAACAGUUGCUGUGUUGACAGCUAAUGAUGCUGAUACAAAUGAUAACAGCAGAAUGAAAUAUUCCUUUCUCUCGCACAGUGAUAAAUUUGCUAUCAACAGUGUUACUGGAGAAGUAGUAGUGACUGCUACUCUUGAUAGAGAAUUGGAGCCUCAGUACAUAUUAAAAGUUGAAGCCAGAGACCAGCCACAAAAGGGUCAUCAACUCUUUGCAAUUGCUGAUCUGGUUAUUUCUUUGGAAGAUGUAAAUGACAAUUCUCCCUUCUGUAUCCCAGCCUUGAACAAGAUGAAUGUUCCUGAGGACUUGCCUUUGGGGACCACCCUCCUCUUCCUGGAAGCCUUUGAUCCAGAUAUUACUUCCGAGGGAAAGCUGAAAUACAGUCUGAUCAGUGAUCAUGAAAAUAUGUUUCAUCUGAAUGAAUUUACAGGGUCUUUAACAUUGGAAAAAGAAUUGGAUUAUGAAAAAAUGGACUUUUAUAAUCUCUCUGUGAAGAUCAGUGAUGCUGGGAUGCCCUAUUCUCUCUCUUCUCUCUGCUACAUUGAGAUAAAUGUUUUGGACAUUAAUGAAAAUCUGCACCCUCCUUCCUUUGAUUCUUUUGUGUAUGAAGGAUCAGUGAAAGAAAACAGCCAAGAAGGGACACCUGUGAUGAGAGUAGUAGCUCAUGACAGUGAUAGAGGAAAAGAUGGACAAAUCCAGUAUUUCAUCAGAGAGGGAUCUGGCAUGGCUCUCUUCAACAUUGAAAAUGACACAGGUCUUAUUUUUACCAUGGGGCCACUCGACAGAGAAUUGUGCUCUCAUUAUUGGUUGACAGUACUUGCAGUUGAUCAAGGAUCAGUCCCCCUGUCUUCUGUGGUUGAAAUUUACAUUGAAAUCAGUGACAUCAAUGAUAAUCCACCUCAGAUGUCCAGACCUGUCUUUUAUUCCUCUGUCUUGGAGAAUUCACCAGCCAAUACUUCCAUCCUUCAAGUUGAAGCUGUUGAUCCAGAUACUGAUUCAGAGGGAAAACUGACUUUCCACAUCAUAAAUGGAAACCAUCAAGGAUUGUUUGCUAUUAAUCUAUUCACUGGUUUGAUUUACACAACUUCGCAGCAGCUAGAUCGUGAACACAAGGCUGAACAUAUCUUAGAAGUUUCAGUUUCAGACAACGGGGAUCCGGUUUUGCAGUCUAGCAGUAGAGUGGUAAUCCAAGUCCUUGAUGUGAAUGACAAUCCGCCCAGCUUCUCGCAAAAGUUGUUUAUGGUUCAGCUGCCAGAAAAAGCAGCCUCUGAAACUCCUUUGCCGGUCUACAGGGUGAUCGCUGCAGAUCGCGAUGAGGGGCUGAAUUGCCAAAUCACUUACAGCCUAGAAGAAAACAGCGAGGGACUAUUUAGCAUCCAUCCAGUGACAGGCAUAGUGUUCUCCCAAAAGGCUUUUUCUGCCCAAGAAUACAACAUACUUACAGUCAAGGCAACUGAUGGUGGCACCCCACAGCUUUCCUCCAGUGUGAGGCUUCACAUUGACUGGAUCCCAAAGCCCUUUCCCUCCUCAGAGCCAUUAGCUUUUGAUGAACCUCAUUUCAACUUUGCAGUCAUGGAAACAGAUCCUGUGAACGACAUGGUGGGAGUGAUCAGUGUUGAUGCUGGGCUCAGCCAGAUCUGGUUUAAUAUCACAGGUGGUGAUGAUGCUAUGAAUUUUGACAUCGAGAAGAGCACUGGCAGCAUUGUUAUUGCUAGAACUCUAGAUGCAAAGGAAAGAUCAAACUACAAUCUCACCAUAGAGGUCACAGAUGGAUCAAGCAUCAUUAAGACACAGGCUUACAUCCAUGUGAUUGACAUUAACCAGUAUCCACCACGGUUUUUGGAGUACCACUAUGAGGCUCACAUUCCAGAAGACACGCCUCCUGGGACAGAAUUCCUGGGCGUCAGUGCAGCGGACCAAGAUCAUGGGAAAGGAUUGAUCUACACCCUCCAUAGCAGCUUAGAUCCUAGAAGCCUGAAACUCUUUCAAAUAGACCCAAGCCGUGGCACGCUUGUGACGGUAUCAGACCUUGAUGCUCAAUCCAUGCCAUUACAUACUUUGACAGUGAUGGUACGAGACCAAGAUGUCCCUAUCAAGAGAGACUUUGCCCGAAUUGUCAUUCAUAUUGAGGGCUGUAACAGUCACGCUCCACAAUUCACCAGCCUCCAUUAUAAAGCAGAAAUUCUGGAUGUGUCUCCGAUUGGCACAGAAGUUGUGCAAGUCCGUGCCCUGGAUCCAGAUCAAGGAGUUAAUGCUGAAGUCCACUAUUGCUUUGAAGCAGGGAAUAACAAUGACUUUUUCACCAUCAACAAGUUAUCUGGAAUUAUUACAGUUUCUCAGAAGUUAGAUCAAUCCAAGCAAGAAAGAUUUACUCUCACAGUAAAAGCAGAAGAUCAAGGAUUUCCCCAGCUGAAAGAUUCAACUACUGUGAACAUUUAUAUUAAGCCUUCUGAUGCUACUCCUCCACACUUUACAGAAGAAGAAUAUGUUGUAGAGAUCAGUGAAUCUGCAAUCAUUGGCUCUCCAGUAAUCCUUGUUUCGGCUACAAGCUCUUCAUUUGUUACUUACGAAAUAAAAGCUGGAGAUAAAGAUGGCUUCUUUUCUAUCAAUUAUCAAUCUGGACUUAUCUCUACCCAGAAGAGCUUAGAUUUUGAACAAACUUCAUCUUACCAACUGAAAAUUCGGGGCACCAACAUGGCAGGAUCAUUUACGGAUGUUCCAGUGUUUGUUUAUCUCAUAGACCAAAAUGACAACCUGCCUAUCUUUGAUAAGCCUUCUUUUAUUGGUUGGAUCGAUGAGAAUAUUCCAUUUGGUAGCAUAGUUAUGGAUGAAAACAAUGUACCACUAGUGAUAAAUGCAACAGAUGCUGACCAAGAUUCUAAUGCUUUGUUGAUUUAUGAAAUUUUGGAGACAGAAGCCGUGACCUUUUUCAAAAUAGACCAAAAUGUGGGCACUCUUACUACUUGUGCUGAUAUAGAUUAUGAACAUAAUGCAGUUUUUCACUUUGGUGUCCAUGUACAUGACAGUGGCAACCCCAUUUUGUUUGCUUCCAAACCUGUUCAAGUCACCAUUUAUAUCAGAAAUAUAAAUGACUGUCCCCCAGUAUUUACCAAAAGUUUGUAUAACCUUUCUGUGAUACUUCCUAUUCAUGAUGGUAUGGAACUUUUAAAAGUUAAUGCAGAAGAUGCAGACUCUGAAGUAAUCUACGAUAUAGCUGAAGGGAACCCUACGAAUACUUUCUUCAUCCACAAAACAACUGGUGUUAUCUCUGUGCUAAAUCAUACUAAUGUAGGAAACUAUCAUGAACUUACAAUUAGAGCUGGAGAUGGUUUAUACGUGGCCAGUACAUUGGUCAGACUACAUUUUACUGAACCGCAGGACAGCAUUUUAAAGUUUGAUCAAGAUGUGUAUUUAGCUACAGUAAAGGAAAAUUCCACAGAAGUUCAGAUUAUUAUUGUUCUUGGUGUUAUUGGGAAUCAACUGAAUGAACCACUUCUUUACUCUCUCUUGAAUGGCACCGAGUGGUUCAGAAUGAUUCCAUCUUCAGGAGUGCUACAGACCAAGAACGUGAAGUUUGAUCGUGAAAUUCAAGAUGUGUAUGAAAUAGCAGUGGAAGUAAAAGAUAUUAGAAAUCCACCGGGGGUAUCUCAAGCAAUUGUAAGAAUAAUAGUGGAUGAUAUUAAUGAUAAUCCACCCCAGUUUGAAAACCUACCUUAUUAUAUAGCAAUACAGGCUAGCACUGAGCCAGGUGAUAUUAUCUUUAGGGUUUCUGCAACAGAUCAGGAUCUGGGAAAUAAUAGAGUCAUUUUUUACUCCUUUGUAGAUGACUACCAGCUUUUCUGGAUUGACCCCCAUUCAGGAGACAUCUCACUCAAAGGACCACUUGAUUUCCAAACUUUAAAUAAAUACACACUGAGUGUUAUUGCCCGAGAUGCCGGUGAGCCUCCCUUGUAUGCUGAGGAAGAGAUUACCAUAAUGGUAAAGAACAAAUCUAGCCCCCUGUUCCAAAAUCUCUUCUAUGCUGCAAAGGUGCCUGAAAGCAGUCCACCCUACACACCCAUUCUCCACCUCCAGGCCCGAAGCCCUGAAGGCUUACGCUUGAUAUAUAACAUUGUGGAAAAAGACGCUCUCAGACUCUUCCAUAUUGAUUUCAAGACUGGCAUGCUUAUGGCCACAAGCCAACUGGAUUAUGAAUCUGAUACAAAACAUACGUUUACUGUCAGAGCUACAGAAACAGCAGCGGGUUCCUAUUCAGAAGCCAUUGUGGAAGUUCAUGUUGAGGAUGUCAAUGAUAAUUUUCCUUUAUUUUCACAGACUGUUUAUACUGUGUCUGUCUCAGAAGAUGUGCCAGCUCAUACCCCUGUAAUUCAGCUCUUGGUUACUGAUCAAGAUUCAGGGUUGAACAAACUCGUUUCGUAUCAAAUUUUAGAGGAUCGCUCGGAUGCCUCAAAGGUCUUUAGCAUUGAUGGCACCACUGGUGAAAUAUCAACAACUCGGGGUCUAGAUUAUGAAAUGAACCGUGAAUUUCAUAUUAAAGUGAGAGCCAUGGACCAUGGGCUGCCCCCACUCAGCAGUGAAGUUGUUGUGAUAGUCAACGUGCUAGAUAUCAACGACAACCCACCGAAAUUCAGUCAACUUCAGUAUCAGGCUAAUGUGAGUAAAAUGGCCAGCUGCAGUCAGGUUGUCGUAAAGGUCCAGGCUUUUGAUCCUGACAUCAGAGAUACUCCUAGACUGGAAUAUAUGAUACUUUCAGGAAAUGAGAAAAGGCAUUUCACAAUUGACAGCACUUCUGGUAUCAUUUCUACACAAAACCACUGCAAAAAAAAUCUGGAAUCUUUUUACAGUCUUAGGGUUUCUGCUUCGGAUGGAGUUUUUAAGACUACUGUGCCGGUCUACAUCAACACAACUAACGUAAACAAAUAUAGCCCAGCAUUUCAGCAGGAUGUUUAUGAAGCCGUAUUAGCUGAAAAUGCAAAAGUAGGAACUAAAGUGAUUGAGCUGUCAGCUAUUGACCCAGAUGAUGGCCCUUAUGGCACCAUAAGUUAUAUCAUCAUAAACAAGCUUGGUCAAGAGAAAUUUCUAAUAGACGACAAGGGGCGCAUUGAAACAUUGCAGAAACUGGACAGAGAAAAUUCUACAGAAAGAGUUGUUGAUAUUAAAAUCAUGGCCAAGGAUGGGGGAGGAAAGGUGGCGUUUUGCACUGUCAAAAUAAUACUUACAGAUGAAAAUGACAAUCCACCUCGGUUCAAAGCUUCUGAAUACUUUUUGUCUGUCCAGUCCAAUAUGAGAAAGGGGUCUCCAGUCAUUCAAGUUUUAGCUUAUGACGCCGAUGAAGGAGUAAAUGCUGAUGUCACCUACUCUGUUGAUACAGUGGAGGAAGUCAUUGCAGACGAUGUGAUUGAGAUUAACACUGUCACAGGUGUUGUCGUAGUCAAGGAGAGUCUCAAGGGACUAGAAAACAGAACAGUGAAAUUUAGAGUCAAAGCUGAAGAUGCCAAGCCUCCCCACUGGCAUUCAGUUGUCCCAGUGAAGCUUCAAGUUGUUCCAAGGGAAGUGUCUUUGCCAAGAUUUUCUGAGCCAUUAUAUACCUUCUCAGCAUCUGAAGAUCUCCCAGAAGGUUCAGAAAUAGGAUUAGUUCGAGCUAUAGGAAAAGAACCCAUCAUCUACAGUCUGGUAGAAGGAACCUCUGCUGAAAGUAAUGAGGAAGAGAUAUUCACUUUGGAUAAGCAAACGGGGGCCCUGACUGUUCAGAAGGCAAUGGACUAUGAAAAGAUGAAAUGGUACCAAGUAGAUGUCUUGGCUCAUUCUUCAUAUAAGAAUACCAAGUUGGUCUCUUUAGUAUCCAUAAACAUCCACGUAAAAGAUGUCAAUGAUAACAAACCUAUUUUUGAAGCAGAUCCUUACAGAGCUUUUGUUAUGGAGAACAUGCCAGCAGGGACUCCUGUGAUUCAGGUAACUGCUAACGACCAGGAUACUGGAAGUGAUGGGCAAGUGACCUAUAGCCUAGGAUCAGAAUUAAGCUACAUCAGAGAUCUCUUCACCAUUGAUAGUGAAAAUGGCUGGAUUAUGACCCUUAAAGAACUAGACUGUGAAGUUCAGAAAAGCUACAGAUUUUUUGUUGUGGCUUCAGAUCAUGGAAAGAAGAUCCAACUUUCUUCUCAAACUCUAGUAGAAGUCACUGUCACUGAUGAAAAUGAUAAUGCUCCAGAAUUCUCCAAAAUUUUUUACAAAGGAUCGGUUGUUGAGAAUGCUGAGCCUGGGCAGAUGAUUACCAUUCUUAAUACUAUUGACAGAGAUCUUUCAGAAGAAAAUAGACAGGUUGUGUGUUACAUCACUGAAGGAGAUGUUCUGGGGCAAUUUGGUGUCAGUGAAGUUGAUGGGAAAUGGAAGGUUUUUUCCAAGAAGUCUCUGAACAGGGAAGAAACAGAAAAAUAUCUGCUCAGAGUCAUGGUAUCUGAUGGAAAAUUUCAAGCAGCCACAGAAGUGGAGAUUUUAGUCCUUGAUGUUAACGAUAACAGCCCUGAAUGCAAGCAGGUACUAUACGAAGGGAAAGUUACAGAGGAUGCAUCCCAAGGAUUUUCUAUUCUUAAAGUGUUGGCUACAGAUGUUGAUGCCGGUAGCAAUGGUCAGAUCACUUACAGCCUACAUGGCAUUGGUGCUGAGGUUUUUAGACUGGACUCUCAUACAGGAGAACUGACUACUUCUACAUUAUUGGACCGGGAACUGAAAUCGAAGUAUCACCUUGUUGUCAAGGCAACAGAUGGAGGAGGGCGUUUUUGCCAGAUGGAAAUUGUUGUGCACGUAGAGGAUACAAAUGACAAUGCUCCCAAGUUCUAUCCCAGUCAUUGUGCUGUAGCCAUAUAUGAUAAUAUAUCAAUAAAAACGCCCAUUGCCGUUGUCUUUGCAAAGGAUCCUGAUGAAAGUUUCAAUGGCGAGGUGAGAUAUCACCUUGCUGAGUCAGCUAACGGCCAUUUUUCAGUGGAUGAGGUAACUGGUGUAGUCCUUCUAGAGAAGCCUCUGAAGGAAUCCCCUUCAGUUCUGGAGUUGUCUGUGUUGGCCAAGGACAGGGGGGUUCCACAGUCCCUCUCUUCGUUUACAACUGUGACUGUCUCGGUCGUGGAUCUAAAAGAAUAUCUGCCAGUAUUUCUCAGCACAGAAUACUUAGUUGAGGUAAUGGAGAAUGUGUCUGUUGGGACAGAAGUUUUGAAUCUAUCUACCUUGACAAGAAGUACCGUUGCAAACACAGAGAUUAGAUAUGAAAUCACAAGUGGAAAUGAUCUCGGGAAGUUCAGGCUCCAUUCAAGCACAGGCCUCCUGUACGUUAAUGGAACUCUGGAUUUUGAAGUUGCCCAUGAAUAUUAUUUAACCAUCGAAGGUAUAAGAAAAACUUCUACAUCUUUCAGUGAUGUCACAAUGGUUGUGAUCAACAUCACAGACGUAAAUGAUCACAUGCCAGAAUUUGGCCAAGAUCUCUAUAUUGCCAACAUCAGUGAGGAUGCAGCCAUUGGUGAAAUAGUGCUCACGGUUUUAGCUAAUGAUGAGGAUGGCUCAAUGAACAAUCACAUCACAUAUUCUAUUGUGGAAGGAAAUCCAUUAGGUCAUUUCAUGAUUGAUCCCAAAGCUGGAGAAAUCUAUACUGCCAAACGCUUGGACAGAGAAGAAAUAUCCAGCUAUUCUCUCAAAAUCCAAGCCAUGGACAAUGGAGAGACAACUCUUUCCAGUGACACCACUGUACUCAUUCAUGUGUCUGAUGUUAAUGACAAUCCACCUAGGUUUUUUCAGCUCAAUUACAGUGUUGUAGUUCAGGAGAACUCUGCAGUUGGCACCAGUGUUCUGGAGCUAAUCAUGAGUGACAGAGAUUCUCCAGAGAAUGGACCACCAUACAAUUUUCAAAUUGUUGAGGGAAAUGAAGGAAAGGCAUUCCAGAUUAACCAGGCUGGAGUGUUAGUGACAUCAUCCAUCCUGAACAGAAGAACAAAGGAACAAUAUCUUCUGCAAGUCCAGGUUUUUGAUAGUGGUCAGCCUCCUCUUUCUUCUUCGGCAUUUAUAAGCAUCUAUGUGAUACAACAAAGCCAGUACCCGCCUUCCGCACUUCCUCUUGAGAUCUUCAUCACAACUAAUGAACGAACCUUCCGAGGUGGAGUUCUUGGCAAAAUCCAUGCCACUGAUCGAGACCCCCAUGAUACGCUAGUAUAUAGCUUUGUGUCCGUAGUCCCUGAAAAGAAGCAAUUCUCUGUGGGACUUUCCGAUGGAAAAAUAAUUGCAAACGAUGGUCUCCAACAUGGCCACUAUUCUCUGAAUGUAAGUGUGAGUGAUGGGACCUUUUCAACCAUAACCAGAGUCCAGAUCCAUGUAUGGUCCUUCAGCCAGGAUGCCCUCGAUAAAGCUGUGAUGCUGCAUUUCCGCCAUCUUAACCCAGAAGAAUUUAUAAGUGACCACUGGCGCAACCUGCAGCGGUUUCUGGGGAAUAUCUUAGAGACAAAGCAACGGAAUGUCCACAUGGCUAGCUUGCAACCUUCAGAGGCUUCUGAUGGGGUGGAUCUUCUGUUGGCAGUUGGGGAACCUCAAUAUUCACUCUAUAAGCCCAGCUUCAUUGCUAACCGGAUUUCUCAGUCGACUGAAGAAAUGGACCAGCGAGUUGGGCUGCGGGUAAAGAAAGUGACCUAUAUCCCAUGCCAUGAGGCCAACUGUAUCAUUCAACGUGCUUGCAAAGAAACCUUUCAACUUGAUCCAGGCACAGUGUUCACUUAUAGUACUGCCCGAUUCAGUGUGCUCACUCCUCGGCACAGUUUGGAACAGAUCUGCUCUUGCAAUGGCACUGCUUUGAGGUUCAGUGGGCACAGUUACAUAUGGUAUCACCAUCAAGGCAAACGGGAUUGGCAGAUGCACUUCCAUUUACAAACCCACCAGUCCCAUGCCAUACUGCUUACUACCAAUGGAAGCAACAGUGCUGUCCUACAGCUUGUUAAUGGAGUACCUCAUCUUGGAUACAGAUGUCGGAGUGGCUUUAGUGCGAACCUUUCAUCUCACCGUUUUGUGAGUGACAAUGAGUGGCAUUCAGUCUUCCUAGAAGUGAAAAACCAUUCCAUCCAUUUGCUGGUUGAUGACAUGGGAAAUGCCUCUUUCCACCUCCCAGAGAGCUGUAGCAUUUCCCAUUCCACCAGAGACCUGUUGAUUGGAGGACUAGUACAGCAUCAUCAGCCUCAGAGAAUCACUGGGGGCUUCAGGGGUUGCCUGAAUGCUAUUACUGUGGAUGGAAGAGAUCUGGUGGUCCUGCCCAAAGAAAAACGGUCCAGAGGGGUGGUUGAAGAAUCAAGCAUUAGGCAGUGCUGUCCACACAGUGGUGCCUGUAGCAGCAACCCCUGCCUCAAUGACGGACUCUGCAGUGAGGUACAACAUGGAGGUUAUGUUUGCACCUGCUCCACACAGUUUUCUGGAGAUCACUGUGAAGUGGCUGACGGCCUUUGUGAAGGAAAUCCCUGUUUACAUGGAGGGACAUGUGAACUUUCUAAGAAAGGUGGCUAUACUUGCCGUUGCCCCGAGAGAUAUUGGGGGGAAAGAUGUGAAAAAGUCGCUGAGAAAUGUUUGGAAAAUCCAUGUCACAACUCAGGACGUUGUGUGAAUAGUGAGGGUUCUCCUCACUGCAUCUGUACAGAUCACUUCCAGGGAACAUUCUGCAUGGAAAGAAUUGGGAGUCCAACUACUAAUCCAUCCAGUGAGAUUUGGAAGCCUGAAGGGAUUGCCAAAAUAUCUGCUGGGGUGUUAGGUAUAGUCAUCCUGGUGAUAGCUAGUGUACUCAUCCACAAACGCUACUGCCACAAAGUCAAAGCUCACAAGCCAGUGGCCAAAGAAGAUCCAGACCUGCUCUCCAAGAGUGAAUUCUCAAAAAGUGUUGGGGUUGGCACACAAGGUCUUCCACCCAUUGAACUCAAUAUUUUGAACAAUGGUCAUCAUUUCAGUGCUCUAGACCCAGCCAAGCCUUCUGUUGCCUCAGAAUUUACCACUUUCAAUUCAAGGAAUGUGCAGAAACAACGGGGUGCCAUUGUGUGCAGUGUGGCUCCCAAUCUCCCAGCUGCUGCCCCCUUAUCUAACUCUGAUAAUGACUCUACAUUGAAGAGUUCCUGGACUGGAGAAAAAAUGG